AUGAUCAACCCUAGCAACAACGAUAACCUCACUUCCCUUUCCUCCUCGUCGGAUGAUGUUGCCAGAAACUUCAUUUCGCGGGGACUAAUUUUCUUGCAAGAUAUUCAAAUUUUAGAGCUUCUCCUUGCCCUUCUGGUCUUCGUUGCUAUACAUUCUCUAAGGCAGAAAAAGCAUUGUGGCCUGCCUGUAUGGCCGUUUCUAGGCAUGCUACCAUCUUUGGUUUCUGGUCUUCAAGGCAACAUGUAUGAAUGGAUUUCCGACAUACUUUGCGAUCGAAAUGGGACUUUUGAAUUCAAAGGUCCAUGGUUUAGUAGUCUCAAUUGUGUAGUGACUGCAGAUCCAAGAAAUCUUGAGCAUCUUCUCAAGACCAAGUUCCCUAAUUACCCCAAAGGCCAAUAUUUUCGCGACACAGUGGGUGAUCUUCUCGGUGGAGGAAUAUUCAAUGCUGAUGAUGAGAAAUGGCAUAGGCAAAGAAAGACAGCAAGCAUUGAGUUUCAUUCAACAAAGUUCAGGCAAUUAACUACUGAAUCAUUGCUUGAACUUGUCCAUUCUAGGCUCUUGCCAGUCCUAGAAAACGCAGUGAACAACUCAACAGCCAUUGAUAUACAGGAUAUUCUGUUGAGGCUAACAUUUGAUAAUGUCUGCAUGAUAGCAUUUGGGGUUGAUCCAGGAUGUUUGCGUCCGGGUUUGCCUGAUAUACCAUUUGCUAGAGCCUUUGAAGAUGCAACAGAAGCUACUUUGCUACGUUUUGUUACACCAACAUGCAUAUGGAAAGCUAUGAGAAAAUGUCAUAAAGACAAGAAAAAAGAACUUUCAAUGCAAAGUGAGGAUGAUAGCAUGAAGCAGAGGUCAGAUCUUUUAACAGUGUUUAUGGGGUCAAAAGAUGAGAAUGGGAAUCGAUUCUCAGACAGGUUUCUGAGAGAUAUUUGUGUAAACUUUAUUCUUGCUGGCAGAGACACUUCUUCAGUGGCAAUGAGUUGGUUCUUUUGGCUUCUUGAUUCACAUCCAACAGUAGAGGAGAAAAUCGUUUCCGAAAUAUGCAAGAUAAUUGGUGAGAGAGAGGAUUUGAACACCAAAGCUCCAAUAGUGUUUAGGCCAGAGGAGAUCAAGAAGAUGGACUAUUUGCAAGCUGCUUUAUCUGAGGCCUUGAGAUUGUACCCUUCAGUGCCAGUGGACCAUAAGGAGGUUGUCGAGGAUGACAUUUUUCCUGAUGGGACUGUACUAAAGAAAGGAACAAAAGUAAUCUAUGCAAUAUAUGCAAUGGGAAGAAUGGAGGCAAUAUGGGGAAGUGACUGCAGGGAGUUUAAGCCAGAAAGAUGGUUAAGAGGCGUCGAUGGACGGUUCAUGAGUGAAUCAGCCUACAAAUUCACUGCUUUCAAUGGUGGUCCUCGACUAUGCUUAGGAAAAGACUUUGCUUACUAUCAAAUGAAAUCUGUUGUGGCAUCAAUCUUGUGUCGCUACCAUGUGAAGGUGGUGAAGGAUCAAGUUGUGGUGCCUAAGCUUGCUUUGACAAUGUACAUGAAGCAUGGCUUGAAGGUGAAUCUAGUUAAACGGGAGGAGUCUGAGCUUCAAAAGUACCUUCAUGUCUAG